AUGGCGACAGGUGCACUCUCGCAGGCGCCUCCCUCCUGCGACGCGACUUCCGCUCCAGCGGCUUCCCGCGCGCAGGCCUCGGCGCCUGCGUCGCAGGUUGUCGAAACUGACGACGACGGGCUCUUUGACUGGAACGUCAGCCCCGAGUACCUGCAGCAUCUCCAACAGAAAUACAAGGACGAGAACUUCCCACUGUUCAUGGACGACCUGCCGGAGAACCUGGAGGAGAACCCGCACCUGCUUGCCCUACAGCAACUCGCGUACGAGGGCGAGACCGCGAAGAGCGUCGCGGAGAAGCUGAAGAAGGAAGGCAACUCCUGGCUGACCCUCGGCGCGAGGAAUGAGGAGGAGAAACAGGAGCGGGAGGAACAACAGAAGAAGGAGGGGAAACCCCAGGAGUCGCCCGCGAAAAGCAAGAGAUACAACGCGAGGAUGGCCCUCGAGUGCUACUCUGCCGGACUGGAACAGCAAUGUGGAGAUAAGACUCUCGAGGCCGUUCUUUUCUCAAACCGUGCUCAAUGUCACCUCAUUCUUGGCGAGCUCGUGGCCUGCGUCAACGACUGUCGGUCCGCUAUCCGCCUCGAUCCCUCGAAUGUCAAAGCCUACUACCGCGCAGGUCGAGCGUCGUUUCUGCUGGAACUGUUUCGGCAGAGCUCAGCGUUCGCCACUGCGGGGCUGGAGAGAGACCCGAACAACGCAGAUAUGAAGCAGUUGCGCGACGCGGCGCAGACCCGCUGGGAGAAGAAGGAAAAGGCAAAAGCCGAGCAGCGCCUCAAGGAAAAAGAACACAAGAAACCCUCGGUGUCGGAAGUUCUACAGUCUCGCGGCAUCACAGUCGCGGCGCCUGUCUACUCCAUCGCUCCAGUGGUUUCCCACUGCUCAGGGCCCUACGUGCAGUUGGACGAGGCGGGGAGGCCGCGUCUGUUCUUCACCGUCGUUCUUCUCCUUGACGAAGUGAUGCUCACGGAAACGAUCGUCGACUUCGAUGAAGACAAGAGUCUCGGGUUCUACCUGUGCCACAUGUUCCCCGCAUCCUCUUCCGAAAAGCACAGAUCAGCGGAGGAGCCAGACUUCCCUUCUUGGGACGUGGAGCAGAAGUACACUGUCGACCGCAUGCGUGCGUAUUACGAGUGUGGAAUGCCAGGCGACCUCCUUUUCGAUGUUCCCCUUGACGCGCCGCUGGCCCUUCUGCUUCAGAUCGUGAAGCGCAUUGCAGGCGUCCCGGUCUUCCACAUCCUCGUGGAGAAGACCGCAGCGCACGAGCAGUUCCUGGAAGGCGCCUUCGUCGAGGUGUUGCAGAUCCCAAAGGAACCAUGA